CAUAUUCACAUGGUUCCCGGUGUCUAUUGAUUUUGAGGAAAGUUGAUAAUGCAUGCUUUUCAUAAAUGGCACAAUUAAUGGUGCCGGGAUGGUAUAUUGAACCGUAUUAGAUUGAGCUCAUUUAGUAUCAGAGAAAGCGAAAGGAAAACAAGCCUGUUCACCGGCACCGCAAGUUCGUGUUUUCCGCACUGAUUUUGUCAACUGUUCGAAGAAGUGCGAGUCGUUGGUUACCUGGGCGAUUAGGGAGACAAAUAUUGAUGUGGAUUCUUAACAGCAGCUGACCGUGCCCGUUUUCGUUUAUACUGGAGAUUUUGUUCUUGGAACAGGGCCUCGGACUGAAGCAGAGAACAAGAAGAUGGAGACAUUAACAGUCUUGGACGAAACCCAUCAUGGGGUCACAGGAAAAGUAUCAACCUUCUAGCAAAGACAAGGUUUCCGGUUUAUCGCUGAAAAUGGAUGAACUGAUAGGGAAGCUCGGCAGCCCAGGCCGUUUCCAAGUCAUCAUUUUCAUACUUCUGUGCCUAAACUACUCUCCACUAGUUUUCAAUCACGUAAUAAUGGCCUUUUUCGGGGCGAGAACCCCACACUCGUGUGACCCUUUGCGUGGGAGCAAUGUCUACACACAAGGAGACCAGAACUUCACUGUUGUCGGGGAGGACGACUGGGCAGUGUCGAACCACGAUAUUUCUGGACAACAAUGACAACAUUACCCUGACCUGCGGCGCGGGAGACUGGACGUAUGUGACGGAGGAUCGCGAGACCAACAUUGUCACAGAGUGGGAUCUUGUGUGCGACAACAGUUACCUGCGACCACUAGCGACGACAAUUUACUUCUGUGGUGUGAUGGUUGGUGGUCUGUUAUUUGGAUACCUCUCGGACAAGUUUGGUCGACGUCCCGUCAUGCUUGUCACGCUGUUUGUGCCGGUGGUUCUCGGUGUCGGUAUCUUCUUCGUGCCAUCUUACACCUGGUUUGUGGUGCUCAGGUUCAUUGAAGGCGUGUUUCUGCAGGGUCUUCAGAUAUCCAGCUAUGUGUUGGUAGCUGAGUUGUUUCUACCAGCCUACCGCCCAAUAGCUGGUGGUAUCAUUGAAUGUUUUUGGGGUGCAAGCGUCAUGGCCCUAGCAGUGAUUGCCUUUCUUAUCCGUGACUGGCGAUACAUACAGCUUGCAAUCUGUUUGCCGAGUGUCCUGGCUGUAUUCUAUAUAUGUAUAAUGCCUGAGUCUCUCCGCUGGAUGGUGAUGUACGGGAAACUAGAUGCCGCUGAGAAGCAGGUGGAGAAGGUGGCCAAGUUCAACAAGAAGGAAUUCCCCACCGAGAGUUGGAUGUCUGUGAGGGCCAUCGCAGAGGGCAUGCAGGAGACUCAAACCCAGAAAUAUACAUUCCUUACUCUCCUGAAAACUCCUCAGCUGAGAAAAAGAAGUCUAAUUCUGUUCUAUCAAUGGUUGGCCGUGUCAGUAGGCUAUUAUGGACUGACUCUACAGAUCACGUCUCUGAAAGGCAACAAGUACAUCAUCUUCCUCAUCGGAGCAAGUGUGGAGAUGGCUGCCUACCUGCUUGACAUUGUCAUCAUGAAGUUUUGUAAGCGUAGAUAUUCUGUUGUGAUCUUUGCCUUCCUGGCUGCUGUGACCUGCAUUGUUGCUGGGGCUCUUCCAUCAGGAAAAACAGCUUCAGACUAUCAUCAAACUCUGUCCACUGGAUUUGCCAUCGUUGGCAGGUUUUCAGUAGGAGCAUUGUUCAGCUUGUACUUCCUGUACACAUCGGAGCUGUAUCCCACUGUUAUCAGAAACAUUGGAAUGGGAACCUGUGCUUUCUGGACCAGACUUGGGGGUGUCAUUGCCCCACAAAUAAACAGCCUGGGACACUUCACCUCGGGAGUCGGCGCCAGUGAUAGUGUUUGGCGUGAUGAUGGCCAUUUCCAGCCUCUUGGCCAUCAUGCUGCCAGAAACCCACCAACAGAAGCUGCCAGACACCAUAGACGACGUAGAGGGACGGAAGAUGAAUGGUGCUCAAGUAACCGAGAUGGUGCACGAUAAGGAACUGCUGAAACAAGGGAACCAGGAGAAAGAUGGUGCUGCCUCAACUAGACUAUAGUCCAUCUUGUGGGAGGGAAACUUGUACAUUAACAGCGGACAUCAAAAGAGAUGUAGUGCCUAUCUAGCUUAUCCUUCAUCUUGUGGAGGAAAGCAUGUUUUAGAUGAAGUCACUUCAUCGAGGUAGAAGAAAGAUGGCAGUAGUUCAGGAAGUCUGAAGCUGCUAUACAAAUACUAAACUUAGGCCAAAUUAAAAAAAUGUUAUGGUUCCAAUUACACCUCUUUACAAUUAUGGUAGUUAGGUAGGAUUUUGUUUUUACAUUGUUUUUUAGAAGUAAAGUACAAACUAAUAACAAAUUUAUCAAAGUGUAAUUGUUUAUAUCAUGUCGACUUUUUCUAUCAGAAUGACUGAUGUCUGUCGGUGCCGGGAAAAAACAAUGGUAUCUCAAAGCUUAUUUUAUUCAUACUGCUUAAAAAAUAGGGUCGGCACCAGAAUUCAAGGGUCGGACAGGUAAUGGGAACCACAACAUUCUUUUUUAGGCCUUAUUAAAAAUUCAGAGCAAUAUUUUAUGUUGUCAAAUAUUUAAUUUUAAUAUUACUCUAAUCCACUCCACCAUAGCUGUAUCAAUAUCGUGAAAACAACAUCCCAAAUGAUGGUUUGUUUUUCUGAAUGAUGUUCGGAAUGCCUAGAGGUUAUUUUGGUUUUCUGUAAUCCGGCAUACAAGUGAGACUUCCUUGUAGUGACGUGUAUAAGAAGAAUACCCGAAAUAAGAAGAAUCUUCAUUCAUAAUGGUGCCUUUAAGACUCCGAGUUGGUUGGGUGAAUGUUGGGAUGUGAUAUAUCAUGUAAUAAACAUAUAGUGUGUAUUUUCUUUUGAAAAAGGAUGAUUCAUAAUGUUGGAUGGAUAGCUCUACCAACAGUGAGGAGUUAUUGGAUUGUUGAACUUUGGGAUUUUGUGUCAGAUUAGGAGAUGUUUUUAAUAACUCUUCAGGAAAAGGAAGUCUUUUAGAAUGAUUGUUGCCUUAUGAGAGGUCAGUUCUCUAUUUAAUUAAUAACAGAGUAUUUUUGUUCCCAUUUUAUUGGGGUCUUGUAUUCCUCUCAUGAUUGAUGUUUUGACAUUCCCAAUGGAGCAAUAGCUUUUUUUUAUGUGAUUUCAGUGAUUCACAAUAAAUUUGAGUAGAAUAUCUGACAUAUCCGAAUUGUACUGGCAUCUGCCUGAGGCUGAAUUAGUUCCCUUUCCCAGUAGAACUCCAGUUUCCACCUUUGUUGAAAUAGUUUCCUUUUCUUUUAAAAGUCCAGUUUCCAUGGUAGCUGAAUUAGUUUCCUUUCCUUUUCAAAGUCCAGUUUCCAUGGUAGCU